AUGGAGUUAAUGGUUCCAUGGUAUGAUUUGGUGGAGAAAAUUCAAGAAGCUUAUAAAUUUAAACCUAACCUUCAACAAAUAUAUCAAAAUGUCCUUCGCUGCCCUAAGGAACAUCCAGGUUUUAAGAUAGUCAAAGGGAUCCUCCUUUACAAUGAUAAAAAAUUUAUUUCGGAAUGGUCACCUCGCAAACAAGUCUUACUACAGGAGGACCUUGAGAUGUUGCUUGAAGAAUACCCAAACUUGCACCUUGAGGAAAAGGUGUUUGUUGAGGGAAAAAGGGAUGUAAUGACCCAGAAUAAUGAUGAAGCUGAGGACCAAACAGAAGCAAAAAGUUAUGGAAGUGACUUCAUCACGAGCCUAACGUUGGAGAAUAGGCCCAAAUACUUUAGGGACUAUGAUUACUCUGUUAAGGAUAGAUUGAAGUAA